UAUUUUGAUGUGUGCAGUGGAAUUUCGCGUGUGCCCGGUCGCCUGCAAUAAAUAAAUGCAGCGCUGAAAACACGGAGCUAUGUGCGCAUAUGUCAGCCACAAGCACGUUUAUCACCAGUGACGAACCGAGCACAGGCGACCAGUCGGUUUUCAGGCGGAGAAAAUUGUCGGGGAACCAGUCCGUCUCGGAGCGUCCGUGCAAAAGGGCAUCUUCGAUGACGGACACGACAAAAAGAGUCAUGUACUCGGCAUUAGCAGGCUCCAAUGGCGUCAAGAAGACUGCUUCGCCAAUGUCCAACAACAAGCCCAACUCAGCCAAAAAGCUGGUCAUCAAAAACUUCGAGCGGCCACAGUUGCCUGAACGGUAUGCCGAUGAGGCGUGGGCGCAGCUACGCGGUGCUGUGGUGGCUAUCCAGCAGUCGCAGCCCAUCUCCACAUCCCAGGAGGAGCUGUACCAGGCGGUGGAGAAUCUCUGCUCGCACAAGAUGGCCCCACAGCUAUACGACAACCUGCGCUCUCUCUGCGAGCAGCAUGUCCGCUCCGCCCUCAGCACCUUCUCUAGAGAUUCUCUCGAUAGUAAUUUGUUUUUGAAGCUUAUGAACACGUGCUGGCAGUCUCAUUGCCAACAAAUGAUUAUGAUUCGAAGCAUAUUUCUGUUUCUGGAUCGAACAUAUGUGCUCCAAAAUGCUGCAGUAGCUUCUAUUUGGGAUGUGGGCUUGGAACUGUUUCGCACCCACAUAGCCAGCAAUCCCGGUGUGCAGAGCCGUACCGUAGAUGGCCUACUCGAAUUGAUUGAACGCGAGAGGGGUGGUGAUGCCGUCGACCGGUCCCUCCUAAAAUCUCUUAUUAGAAUGCUUUCAGACCUGCAGAUGUACGGAGAGGUGUUUGAAGGCCGCUUCUUGGAGGCGACAGAACGGCUUUACGGGGAAGAAGGCCAGCGGCUUCUUCAGGAGGCAGAGGUUCCUGCCUACCUGCAGCACGUCGAGCGCCGCCUGAAUGAGGAGCAGGAGCGCCUGCUCUACUACCUGGAUCACUCCACAAAGAAAGCGCUCAUCGGCUGUGUAGAGAGGCAGCUAUUGGGACAACACCUGGGUCCCAUUCUUCAGAAGGGUCUCGACCAGCUGCUGGACGACAACCGAGAUCUAGGCCUCAUGUACAGCCUGUUUGCACGUGUCAAGGAUGGACUUCCAAUGCUGUGCACGCACUUCAAUCACUAUGUCAAGAGGCGUGGUCGCGUAAUAGUGAGCAACCCAGAGCGAGAUCGGUCCAUGGUCCAGGAGCUGCUAGACUUUAAAGACCAGAUGGAUCAGGUGGUGAACCAGUGCUUCCAUCGCAACGAGAAGUUUGUCAACUCGCUCAAGGAAGCCUUCGAGUACUUCAUUAACCAGAGGCCAAACAAGCCAGCUGAGCUUAUUGCCAAAUUUGUGGACUCAAAGCUGAGGGCAGGAAACAAAGAGGCAACAGAAGAAGAAUUGGAAAGGCUGCUGGACAAAAUUAUGGUGCUUUUCCGCUUCAUCCACGGCAAAGACGUGUUUGAGGCCUUCUACAAGAAGGACUUGGCCAAACGCUUGUUGGUGGGCAAGAGUGCUUCUGUGGAUGCAGAGAAGUCAAUGCUGUGCAAGCUGAAGCAGGAAUGUGGUGCGGCAUUCACCUCCAAGCUCGAGGGCAUGUUCCGUGACAUGGAACUGAGCAAGGAGCUGAACCUGGCCUUCCGGCAGCAGCAGCGCCGUGAGCGGCUCGAGCUGACGGUCAGCGUGCUGACCAUGGGCUACUGGCCCAGCUACCCACCCCAGGAAGUGGCACUGCCCGCAGCUAUGGUGCGCCACCAAGACCUCUUUCGUCGCUUCUACCUGGCCAAGCACUCUGGCCGCAAGCUCCAGUGGCAGCCCAGCCUGGGGCACUGUGUACUUAGGGCCACAUUUCCCGGUGCAGGUGGUCUCAAGGAACUGCAGGUCUCACUCUUUCAGGCCCUGGUACUGCUGUGCUUCAACAAAGUGGACGGCCCCAUCGGGCUGGCAGAGCUGAGCGAACAGACACGGAUCGAGGACGGCGAGCUUAGGCGCACGUUGCAGUCACUGGCGUGUGGCAAGGCACGCGUGCUGCAGAAGGAGCCCCGGGGCCGUGAGGUGCAGGACGGUGACCAGUUUGUGUUCAAUGCUGAGUUCCGCAACCGGCUUUUUCGCAUCAAGAUCAACCAAGUGCAGAUGCGUGAGACACCUGAAGAGCAGAGCUCGACACAGGAGCGAGUCUUCCAGGACCGGCAGUACCAGAUUGAUGCUGCUGUGGUGCGCAUCAUGAAGAUGCGCAAGAGCCUCACACACAACCUGCUCAUCACUGAGCUCUACGACCAGCUCAAAUUCCCCGUGAAGCCCACAGACCUGAAGAAGAGGAUCGAAAGUCUGAUAGACCGAGACUACCUGGAGAGGGACAAGGACAACCCAAACCAGUAUCACUAUGUGGCCUGAAGAUUUGCCACCACACCCCCUGUAAUAUAGCCCGUUCUCUUCGUUUGAUAAGUGUCACCUGUCUGGCACAUCUGCAAACUUGUCAAAUAAAAGCUGUACUAGCUGA